AAGCAAAAGUCCCCCGAGCCCCGCACUAUAAUGGCUUCCUGGGCUGCCUCCGGCUCGCCUGCCGCACUAAGCUACCGCCUCCUCCGCUGGCGGCCGUCACCGAUCUGUAGGUUUUCGGCGACCUUCUCUCCUCCUUUCUCAUCGGCAGCCCUAGAUCGGUCGAGGAGGAUAUCACUCUCUGCCGUCUGCCUGAGUCCGCUGCGAUCUAAUCGCAGACCGUUGCCCUCACCUCCUGCCAUGGCUUCCGACGAGACUCUCGCGGCGAAGGAGAAGAUGGGGUUGCUGGUCUUCGACACCGAGGAGGAGCUCUCCGUGUCGCUUGCGAAGUAUGCAGUGGAGCUGUCGGAGAAGUUCAUCCGCGAGAGAGGCGCUUUCACUGUGGUUCUCUCCGGCGGAUCUCUCAUCAAGUCCCUCAAGAAAUUGACGGAGUCUCCUUACUCGGAAACACUAAAUUGGGCAAAAUGGCACAUUUUCUGGGUGGAUGAGAGGGUGGUUUCAAAGGAUCACGAAGACAGCAAUUAUAAACUAGCAUUUGAUGUUUUUUUGUCUAAGGUCCCAAUUCCACCUGGUCAAGUUUGUGCCAUCAAUGAUGCCUUAUCAGCCCAAGGUGCUGCUGAAGACUAUGAGACCACUUUGAAGCAUCUGGUCAACAUCGGUGUGGUUGUCAAAUCAGCAACUGGUUAUCCUAGAUUUGAUCUGAUGUUAUUAGGAAUGGGACCAGAUGGUCAUAUUGCUUCCCUCUUUCCCAGCCACCCCCUCGUUAAUGUGACAGAUAAGUGGGUUACCUUCAUAAAGGACUCUCCAAAGCCGCCACCAGAAAGGAUUACAUUCACUUUACCUGUAAUCAAUUCAUCUGCUUAUGUUGCAUUGGUGGUUGCUGGAGCUGGGAAAGCUAGUGUCGUUAGCAAAGCUCUGGGCAAUGAGAAAACUGCUAAUGUGCUGCCUGUUGAGAUGGUUUCCCUUGAAGAUGGAGAGUUAACAUGGUUUACUGAUAAAGCAGCAGUCUCAAUGCUCCGAGAUAAGCUAAGCCUGUAAACAAUUAAUUUAAGGAAUAUAUAUUUAGAGAGUGCCUUGGUGGCUUAGCCGCUUAGUGCAAAGGUAAUAAAUGCUCAAUUUGCUAGGUUAUCCUUGUUAAGUCAUUAAACUAAUCUGCUAACGUGCAAAGUAAAACUGCAUCUUUUGCAUCUGCACCAAUUCUGUGCCAUGAACAUCUUGUAUGCUUACUACCUCCUUUUUUGGAAGUCAAAAUUGUAAAACAAACCAUUGAAAUAGUUGAUAUGAUGAAUGUCCAUAGCAAUUAUAUGAAGAUACCUUGUGCCUUUUAAGGUAUAAACUGAUAGGAAAAUAUAUGAUGUCUUAAAUAUUAUAUAUUUGUUAUAUGGCUAUAAUGGUUAGGUGCAAAACUUUUAAUAAGUUUUCAUGAGCGAGUAUAUUAUAUUAUGCAUUGUGCUGUGGAACUAUUUCAUGAGUGUUGCCCCUAGAUUAACUUUUAUGAUCAGAUAAGAUGAAAAUCUUGUUACCGUGGUUCCCCAAAAGCUUUUCCAAUGAUAAUCGUAUGACUUACUAAUUUUCUGGUCCAAUGUUCCUAACUGCAUUGUCCCAAUACUUCCUUCCAAGAGAUACAUUCAUGGAAUUAUGCAAUUGCUAAGGUACACUAAGAAACUGCUAUUAUGCAUGGUGUUGCCAACUUUGAAACUCUGCUUCUUGCCAUUGUGAUCCUUUAUUUCAUAUAAAUCGAUGGGUAAAACAUGAAUUAACUAAAACUUUGUUUUCUCAUAAAACUUUGGUUGCUUAAGUAGGCAGAAAAAGGAAUUUCUCUUACUUACUGGCAUGACUGAAUAUUUUACAUAAUGGAGUGAUCCGGUCCGGAAGCUGAGUCGGAUGGACCGUCGAGGGAGGUGGAUGGGAUGUUGACUGGAGUCGCGACGUCCCGGAGGGGGGUGUGCUGAGAUAGCUCCCGUGUUGAUCAAGUGUUCAAAAGUCCUCCGGUCAAUGCUACUCUGCAGCCAGUGACCGGGUUGGCCCGGCCCCCGGUACCCCGAGUCUCGAGGCGGAUCCAACGAAUAUAUGAGUAACCGGCUAAUGACAUAAUAAUGAAAUAAAUAAGGGGUGAGUACGGAAAACGUACCCUGGCCCAGGGGGGCGCCCUCGGAUGGGACACGGCUAGGAUUGUCGCGACCCGGAAGAGUAGAUGACUCCGAUUAGGCUGGAGAGCUGGAUCUGACGACGAGAAGCUGAACGAGGCAUAGACCUAGAGGACUAGCUGCAGGUCAAGAUAUAAUGCCGGCACGCAGACUGGAAUAAGGCACUGGCACGCAAGCUGGGGUUCGAGAUCGACACGCAGGUCAGGACACUGGAUCGGCACGCAGGCCGGGACACUAGAUCGGCACGCAGGCCGGGACACGGGCUCGGCACGCAGGUCGGGACACGGGAUCGGCACGCAGGUCGGGACACGGGAUCGGCACGCAGGCCGGGACACUAGAUCGGCACGCAGGCCGGGACACGGGAUCGGCACGCAGGUCGGGACACG